AUGGAGGCGCAGGGCUGCCUCUCCUUCUGCCCGACCGCACCCCCGCCACCUCCCGCAGGCAAAGCCCCCCCAGCUCCAGGCCUGCAGCGGCGCAUCUUCCAGGGUAACCAGAAGCUACCGACCCUCCCUCAUCAUCAUCCGCUUCCCUCGCAGCAGCAGCGGCUCAGCCCCAGGCCGGGCCGCUACCCAGACACUUACCCUCCAGCCCAGGAGAAAGCGGCCCACAAAUACCUGGAGUCCCCCAGCCCGGGCCACCACGCGCUGUCUGUCAACGGGAAGGCUUUCUACCAGGCUGUGGCAGAAGCCAGAGAGAAAAGUGCCAAAGGGCAAGGGUACCACCCCGUGCCCACAGACUGCAGAGCCCUGCUGGAAGAAGCCCCUGAUCUCAGCUGCUCCCCGGCUGCGUCUCUGGGCAGCUUGAGGGAGCACAUCUCCCCUGAGCUCAACGACACUAUGGAGCUAGCCAAGAACAAGAACAAGAAGAGGAGGAACAGGACGACCUUCAGCACCUUCCAACUGGAAGAGCUGGAGAAAGUCUUCCAGAAAACCCAUUACCCCGAUGUGUAUGCCAGGGAGCAGCUGGCACUAAGGACUGACCUAACAGAAGCCAGGGUUCAGGUUUGGUUCCAGAACCGGAGAGCAAAGUGGCGGAAACGGGAACGUUAUGGGAAAAUCCAGGAGUCCAGAAAUCCCUUUGCAACCACCUACGACAUCUCUGUCCUGCCCAGAGCUGAAAACUACCCUCAGCUGCAGAAUAACCUGUGGCCAAGUGCAGGAUCAGGGAGCCCUGCAGGCCCCUGCCUCAUGCCCCCCGAGAGCAUCCCUUCCCCCUGUGUGUCUCCAUACCCGCAUUCCCAUGGGAACAUUGCCAGAUUCAUGGGCAUCUCUGGUUCUCCCAACCACCACCCCGGGAUCAACAACCUGUAUUCCAUCCACGGCUUCCCCCCUUCCCUCAGCAGCCACGGCUUUGAGCCCCCACCGGACAAUGACUACAAGUCCCCGGGCGUGGUCACGCUGAGAAUGAAAUCCAAAGAGCCAGCCAGCCUGCUUAACUGGACCACGUGAUCACGCUGGAAGGAGCUGGGCUGAGGACACAACCCACCCAGCAAGUGGACCUCGGGGCCCAGAGUCAGCAGAUCCAGGCCAGUAGUUCGACCAGAGCCAGACAGGAAAGGAGAGGAGACAGGGAAGGACCCUGGCCCACUGACUAACAUGCUGCAAGGAAGUGCAGUGGGCCUGGGCUGGAGUUGUCGUUUGCAGCUGCAAUUCCCAAGGACAGAGCCCCCCUGACGGAUCUGUGUGUCAGAAAUGCUCCCGGUAGCCUGUCUACUUCGCCUUGCCGUUACCUAAGCCUCUGGGCUGAGAUGAAAGCCAGAGCUCUUUCUUGUGGUUUCUGCAGCAUUAACUACUCAAUCCUACCUUAUCUUGCCAGGACCCCGGCAGACUUUACAAGGGGAAUAAAUUCAAGCUGCACAGGGCUCCAUUUCCCA